AAAUAAAUCCUGUACGUAGUUUGUUGUACUUCCGGUGUGAAAGGUCACAUCAAGAUGGCGCCGUCCACGAAGAAACAUGCUAGUGGCCGCGCUUGUGUUGUUCCUGGAGGAUUUACAGAGAUCUCCCUAAAGUUCACCUCCGACAGCGUUGCUACCCACAAGCUCUACGUGAAAGAGCACAAAGUCCGAGCGCAGACCUCCCACCGACCGAUGGACCGGACGUUGUUUCUGCUCAACGUGCCCCCGUACUGCUCGGAGGUUGUUAUCAAAGAGCUGUUCUCCCAGUUCGGCAGCGUUCAGUGGGUGGACCUGAGGGACCAUCCGGGCUCCUCUCCGGAGUCUGGUCCCAAACUGUCCCGGUUCUUUAAACCGGCCGAGAAACAGGGUUUCAAAGUGGGCUACGUUGUGUUCCAAAACGCCGCCAGUGUAUCCGCGGCUAAAUCGCACCCGCACGACACGCCUUUGCUGGUGUGCACAGAGCAGCGUACAGUGAAGACGGGAGUACAGAAAUGGAUCGAGCAAUACACGCAGUCGUUUUGCGCCCCGGACAAACUGCAGCAAGUAGUCGACUCCUUCAUGGAAGACUACGACAAGCGGAAAGCGGAGGAAGCGGACAGGCAGAAAGAGGAGGCCAAGCAGCAGGAAGAGGAAGAAGAGGGCUGGGUGAAAGUCUCAAGGGGACCAAAGGGCACCAAGGCCCGACCCCACAGCGAGGCGGCCAACAAGAGGACUCUAGCGAAAGAGAGCAGGAAUAGGAAGAGGAAGGAGCUGAUGAACUUCUACACCUGGCAGCACAAGAACAUGCAGAAAGACCAAAUUGCCGACCUAAGGAAAAAGUUUGAGGAGGAUAAGCAGAGAAUAGCCCUGCUGAGGGCACAGAGAAAGUUCAGACCGUACUGAUGACCUGCUCUGAACUUCUGUCCCUCAUUUCACUGCUUUUUGUUUUGAGAUUGUGUGUCAAUAAACCAUUAUUCUGACUAAAA